AUGUACAGCUUUGGGGUAAGGCCUUAUGUGUCCAUCAAAACCGUUACUGUAGGAAAAUUGUUGAUGCCCCCCAUACAGGUCCCAGUGGCCUUGAAGAGGGUAUACAUUUGACAAUACCGAAUACCGGGAGGGCAUAAAGAGAUAGGUGACACCAUCAAAGAUCUAAUAGCUGCAGGGGUGGUGAGACCUAUCACCACAUCUUGGAAUAAUCCCGUUUGGCCGGUCAAGAAAAGUGAUGGGACCUGGCGUAUGACUGUGGAUUAUAGGGAGUUAAAUAGUAAUACUCCCCCAUUAACUGCAGCAGUACCAGAUAUGGUUACGCUGAUAGAAAAUAUACAGCGUCACCCUGGAAAUAUGUAUGCGGUCAUUGACCUGGCAAAUGCCUUCUAUACAAUACCUAUAGAGGAGCAGUGCCAAGAGCAAUUCGCAUACACCUGGCAGGGACGGCAAUUCACGUUCACGCGCCUCCCAAUGGGCUAUGUCCAUAGCCCCACAAUCUGCCACAGGAUUGUGGCAGAACACAUGGAGGAAGUUACUCUGCCCCCCAACGUGCAGGUCACACAUUAUAUAGAUGAUAUAAUGAUACAGGGACCUGAUGAGCAAGUAGUGCAACAAGUGUUAGAACAGGUGAUAACCCACUUAAAGAGGAAGGGGUGGGAAAUCAACCCUGCCAAAAUACAAGGGCCAGGAACCUCAGUACGAUUCCUUGGUAUACAGUGGACAAAUGGCCGUAGGGAAAUAACCCCUAAAGCCAAGCAGAAAAUAGUGGAAUUUACAUCCCCUAAAACCAAAAAGGAAGCCCAGCGCUUUAUUGGGUUAUUUGGCUUUUGGCGGCAGCAUAUACCCCACCUGAGCCAAAUACUAGCCCCCAUCUACAAGGUUACCAGGAAAAAGUAUAGCUUUGAGUGGGGGUCUAAGGAGGAGUUGGCUUUUGAAACUGCAAAACAGGCCAUCCAAAUGGCGAUGGAUCUGUGGCCAGUAAAGGAAGGGCCAAUAGAUUUAAAUGUGUCUGUCCACAAGGAACAUGCUAAUUGGAGCCUUUGGCAGAAACAAGGGAGAGGGAAAGUCCCCCUUGGUUUCUGGACUAGGAAAUUGCCUGAGGCAGGUGACCGAUACACGCCCUUUGAGCGCCAGUUAUGUGCUUGCUACUGGGCUUUAGUGGAAACAGAGGAGCUAACGUUAGGGCAUGAUGUAUUCUUGAGGCCUGAGAUUCCCAUAAUGAACUGGGUAAUGGGCACUCCUAAGACCCAUAAGAUUGGACAUGCUCAGGAAUCAAGCAUCAUAAAAUGGAAAUGGUACAUACAGAACAGGGCAAAGACAGGUCCCAAAGGGGUUGCCGCACUGCAUGAAAAGGUUGCUGAGCAACCCCUCCAGGGGACAGCCCCCAUUCAGGAGACACCAACAGAGGAGUCUCUAGUAAAAUGGGGUGUGCCAUAUGAUCAACUGUCAGAAGAACAGCAAGCCCAUGCUUGGUUCACUGACGGAUCAGCAAAAUAUGUGGGUUCACAGAGGAGUUGGAAAGCAGUAGCCUACAAUCCUGUGACCAAACAGAUGCUGGUGUCUACAGGGAAAAAUGAAAGUAGCCAAUACGCUGAGUUAGUUGCUGUCCAUCAGGCCAUAGCCUGUGAACAGGGCGAAUGCCACGUAUACACCGACUCAUGGUCAGUGGCAAAUGGGCUAGCCACCUGGCUCCCCACCUGGGAACGAAAAGACUCAAAGGAGGUGUGGGGGAAGCAGAUAUGGCAGGAACUCAGCAGAUUGGUUAAGGAAAAGACAGUGACUAUUUACCAUGUAGAUGCCCACACAAAUCAGGAUUCACUAGAACGGCUGUUCAAUUCUAUUGCAGAUGAGGCAGCCAAAGUCUCCACUGUGGAAAGUGAGGAUGUGGAUGAGGAGGCUGACAAUAAGGGUGUGGCCCAGUGGGCCCACCAAAAAAGUGGACACCUUGGAGAGAGAGCGACUCAUAGGUGGGCAUUGCAAAGGGGUAUCAAGCUAUCUAUGGAAGUAAUAAAAACAGAGAUAGCAAAUUGUCCUGUAUGUCAGCAUGUCAGGAAGCGACAGAUUCCUGGCAUGGUGCAAGGACAUAUCAAAAGAGGCAAGCUGCCGGGCCAGAUCUGGCAGAUAGAUUUCAUAGGACCUCUUCCCUCCAGCAAAGGCUGCCAGUACGUGUGCACGGCUGUGGACACGUACUCAGGCUACCUCAUAGCCCACCCAUGUAAGCAAGCAACUCAGAUAAACACCAUUAAGACCCUAGAAUUAAUCACAAAAUUCUAUGGCACUCCAUUGCAGAUACAGAGUGAUAAUGGUACUCAUUUUACAGGACACAUGGUAUAG